AUGAAGGGUUCAAUCUUUGCGGCCGCGGCCGUCGUCGGCUCUGCCAUGGCUGACAGCCACCUCCACCGUCGCCACGAGGCUAUUCACCAGCGUCGUGAUGCUUCAUCCAGCGUGCCCGCUCUCAGCACUUCGGUCCCGGCUCUCGACCCGGAGCAGACCUGUGGCUGCACCACCAAGGUCAUCACCUACUACGGUUCGCCCACCUUGGUGCCUAUCGAGGCUCCCACCUCGACUCCCACCUCGACUCCCACCCCCGUGUCGACCUCGACCUUGACCAGCACCGUCCACUCCACUAGCACUACUACUCAAACUGUGACUGUCACUCCCUCGGCCGUUGCUACUGCUAGCGCUACUCCCUCCACCUCCACCGUCGUCGUGACUCUGCCCACCAACGGUGUUACCAGCUUCUCCUCCACUGGUACCUACACCAUCCCGGCCACUACCAUGACCGUUACCGACACCACCACGGUCUGCGGUGCCACCAGCACUGCUGUCCCCAGCGGUACCCACACCAUCGGUGAGGUUACCACUAUUGUCGAGACUGGCACUGUUGUGACCUGUCCCUACGCCACUGUCAAGCCCACCGGCACUACCGUGACCAGCAUCAUCGAGUACACCACCUACACUUGCCCCGUUGCUGGUACCUACACUGUUGUGCCCGGCACCGUCACCUCCGUGCCCUCGGCCACCACCAUUGUGUACCCCACUGCCUCGACCAUCACCCCCGGUGUUUACACCAAGCCCGAGACCACCAUCACUGCUACUGUCACUGAUACCACCUACUACUGCCCCUUCGCCACUAGCACCGGUCUCGCUACCUCCACUGCUCCCGCCGUGGCCGCUACCUCUACCGCUCCUGCCGUGGUUGCUACCUCCCCCGCUGCCGUCGAGACCACCGCCGCUGCCGCUACCACCAGCGUUGUUGCUGCCACUAGCUCUACCUCCACCGCUGCGGCCUCCACCGGCACCUCCAGCAGCGGUCUGACCGGCUCUGGCCAGCUCGGUAUGACCUUCUCUCCCUACACCUCGUCCGGCGCCUGUAUGACCCAGACCGAGGUCACCAACAACCUCAAGACCAUCAACGACAAGGGCUUCAACCUUGUCCGUGUCUACUCCACUGACUGCAACAGUCUCGAGUACAUCGGCUCGGCCUGCAAGUCCCUCGGUAUGAAGAUGAUCUUGGGAGUCUACAUCGAGUCCUCCGGCACCUCCGGCGCCCAGGAGCAGGUUGAGGCCAUCACCUCGUGGGCUCAGUGGUCAAUGGUCGAGCUGAUCGUCGUCGGUAACGAGGCUGUCUCUUCCGGCUACGUCACCGCCGCCCAGCUUGCUUCCUUCAUCACCUCCGCCAAGUCCUCCUUCACCUCCGCUGGCUACACCGGCCAUGUCACCACCACCGAGCCCAUUGACGUCUGGGAGCAGUACGGUGCUUCGACCCUUUGCUCCCCCGUUGACAUUGUCGGUGCCAACAUCCACCCCUUCUUCAACUCCCAGACCACUGCCGAGCAGGCUGGUACCUUCGCUCUGAGCGAGUACAAGAUCCUCCAGAAGCUGUGUGGCAAGGAUGUCCUCAACCUCGAGACCGGCUGGCCCAACGGCGGUAGCGCCAACGGCGCUGCCGUUCCCGGUAUCGCUGAGCAGAAGACUGCCAUCCACGCCAUCGCCGAGGCCAUCGGCUCCAAGUCGAUCUUCUUCUCGUACGCUAACGACGACUGGAAGGCCCCUGGCGACUUCGAUGUUGAGCAGCACUGGGGCUGUGCCUCUGUCUUCUAA